UUAUUAUAAACUAUACCAAAUAUUUUUUUAAACAUUGUUUGUAAUUAGGUAGUAACAAUAAAGUCUGUCAAAACUUAAAUAGGAAUAAUAAAGCUUCAGCUAAAGUAUUUGGGCUACCCCAUGUAGCUUUUGAUUACUUUCAUAAAUUUAGUAAGAACGAUGUUCGAUAACUACUCUCCGCCGCAACAAACACCCAGUGCCCCACCUCCACCACAAAAGAUAAUAAGGUUUGAUAAAGGAUACCUCAAGACAUUACCUGGCAUACUAAAACUGACAGAACUGAUAUGUAACAUAGCAGGCUUCAUUUGUAUAAAGAUAUCAUGGGCUUGGCUGUCGGCAAUUUUCUUCAACAUUCUGUACUGGGUGGGCAUCAUGGUGACUCUGUUCCUGUUGCUCAUGUACACAUUUCAUUUUGUGGAGAAGUAUGAUAGAUGGCCAUGGUUCAAAGGGGAAUUCUUUUUUUCGGUGGCCAUGGCAUUGGCAUACAUAGUCACCUCAAUAUUUGCCUCUACAAUUGGAGAGAGUGUAGGCUAUGCUGUUAGUUUCUUUGGAUUCUGUGCUAUUAUUGCAUAUGGUUUAGACGCCUACUUGAAGUACAAAGGAUGGAAGAGGGGCCUGCCACCGCAGUAACAUGACUAUUACUUCCAGACAAGUGACCUUAGUAAUGAUAGGUAAACUUAAAUUUUAAACAGGUAACCAUUUUGAUAACAAGUGCCUUUCUAGUAUAUUUACUUAAGCACAACUUUUUGUAAGUAUUUUAAAUCUAUACAAUAUUAUUGAGACAGUAUUGUCCUACAAAAACUCUGCCCGAGGGUAAGAAUAUUUUGUAUUAAAAAAUGAGCAUUUGCAUGUGCUAAAAAAAUAUAUGGUAUCAAGCACUAACAGCUAAGCUUAGCAAGUAAGCCAAAUUAUUGUUUAACUAAAGACUUAUUUUAGUUAGUAUUAUUUUUUAUUGUUAAGUCAAUAAUAUUUAUUUUAAUUAAUAAAACAUACUGUAAAGGU